GAGCGAUCGUCAACGUCGUCAGACAUAACGUUGACUAUUCAGGUCUUCAGUACAGCAGCGAGGUGGCCGACUGAGUUCCCUCACGGAUACGAUUCUCUGCGGUACUUCUGAUACUUAUGCGCGAUGGUGCGCGCCGUGACACUCAGCGGCGCACUUCUGUUGCUACUCUAUGUCCCUUCAACUUUCGCCGUUAAAACCCAGGACUUCAAGACCUGUGCCCAAGCUGGAUUCUGUCGCCGAGGCCGCGCUUUGGCAAGUAGAGCACAGGAGACUGCGUCAUGGAAGUCACCGUACUCUGUCGACUCGUCGAGCCUCGCUGUGGCGUCCGACCAGGCGUCAUUUACAGCGGGAGUCAAGUCGUCUCUAUACCCGGAUAUCAAGUUUAGCUUGGACGUGCGAAUACACGAUGACGGCGUAGUACGAGUCCGAAUGGACGAGGUGGACGGUCUGAGGAAGCGGUAUGACGAGGCAGCUUCUUGGGCGCUCAUAGCGGAACCGAAGCUCAGUCGCGACAUCUCAUGGACUGUGGGGAAGAAAGACGUGCGUGCAUUGUAUGGAGCCAAGAAGGAAUCCGAGGUUGUCGUCAACUUCGAGCCUUUGCGAGUCGCGUUAUUGCGGAACGGGAAAGAGCAAGUUGUCUUGAAUGGACGCGGGCUGCUUCAUAUGGAGCACUUCAGGACCAAGGAGAGCUCGAGGCCUGAGGGAACUCCUGAGGAAGGCUUAGAUGAAGAAGCUCAAGCGGUUAUGAAGGUCAGACCAAUGGCGUGGUUCGAAGGCGAGACGGAGGAUGGUUACUGGGAAGAGUCCUUCGGUGGCAACACCGACUCGAAACCUAAAGGGCCGGAGUCACUGUCGAUCGACAUCGAGUUCCCGAACCACGGGCAUGUGUAUGGCAUCCCUCAGCACGCGACUCGCCUCGACCUCCCUACGACCACUGGUGAAAACCCUACAUACUCUGAUCCGUACCGGCUGUGGAACUCGGACGUGUUCGAGUACAUGGCUUCGUCCACGAUGUCUUUGUACGGCUCCAUCCCGGUCAUGCACGCGCACGCGGCGGAUUCGACCGUGGCGAUCUUCAACGCGGUGGCGUCAGAGACGUGGAUUGAUGUAGACCACCCCACGCCCAAGUCUACCAACACGCACUGGAUCUCCGAGUCGGGCAUCCUCGACGUGUUCAUCAUGCCUGGACCGACCCCGGAUGACAUCUUCGGUCAGUACGCCAGGUUGACUGGCACCCCCGCUCUGCCCGCGCAAUGGUCGCUGGGAUACCACCAGUGCAGGUGGAACUAUAUCAGCUCAGAUGAUGUCCGCUCUGUCCAGAAGCGAUUCGAUGAGCAUGACAUGCCCGUGGACGUCUUCUGGCUCGACAUUGAGUACGCGGAGGAACAUAAGUACUUCAUCUGGGACAAGAAGAACUUCCCCGACCCAGUGGACAUGAUGCACGACGUCGAGGCUCUCGGUCGUAAGAUGGUUGUGAUCAUCGACCCGCACUUGAAACGGACAUCAAACUACCCUGUGUAUCAAGAAGCAUCAGAACUCGGCGUCCUUGUCAAGGGCAAGAGCGGCGAUUCAGAAUAUGAAGGUUGGUGCUGGAGCGGCAGCAGUUCCUGGAUCGACUUCUUCAAUCCUAAUUCCUGGGAAUGGUGGAAGCGCCUCUUCAAGACCACCAGCCAGGGCAACAAGUGGUCAUGGACUGAGAGUACCGAUAACACGUACAUCUGGAACGAUAUGAACGAGCCAUCCGUUUUCAAUGGUCCCGAGAUCAGUAUGCCGCGGGAUAACAUCCACUACGGAGGCUGGGAGCAUCGCGAUGUGCACAACAUCAACGGCAUGCUCCUGCCCAACAUAACGUCUCAAGCCCUCAUCGCUCGCUCAGAUCCGCCGAAGCGUCCCUUUGUCCUCACCCGGUCCUUCUAUGCUGGCUCCCAGCGAUUCGGCGCUAUGUGGACUGGGGACAACCUGGGCACCUGGGAUCACAUGGCCGCAGGGAUCUACAUGGUCCUCGCCAACGGCAUCGCCGGGAUGACCUUCGCUGGAUCUGACGUCGGGGGCUUCUUCGGAAACCCCGAACCUGAGAUGCUAGUAAGGUGGUAUCAAGUCGGCGCGUUCAAUCCCUUCUUCAGGGCCCAUGCGCAUCUGGAUACGAAGCGGAGGGAACCGUACCUCAUUGAUGAGCCCUAUCGGGGCAUGUUGCGCGACAUCCUCCGCUUAAGAUAUACGAUGUUGCCCGUGUGGUACACCGCUUUCCAUGAGGCCAGUGUCACCGGGAUCCCUGUUUUGCGACCUCACUACGUCGUUUUCCCUCGUGAUGAGGCUGGAUUCACUCUCGAUGAUCAGUACUUUAUCGGUGGGUCAGGGCUAUUGGUGAAGCCCGUGGUUCAUAAGGAUGUUACCGAGAUCGAAGUGUACCUCCCUGAGGACCAGGUCUACUACAACUACUUCUCGCAUCAUGCUUAUCGAGGCUCCGCCAAAGGCAAACAAGUUAUUGUGCCGGCGGCGAUACACGAAAUACCCCUGCUGAUCCGGGGUGGAUCUAUCAUUCCGACGAGAGAGCGUCCCAGAAGAUCGUCACCGCUCAUGAAGCGUGAUCCAUUUACGCUUCGCGUCGCACUCGACAAGACAGGUUACGCCCGCGGGGAAUUGUACCUCGACGACGGCGAGACAUUCUCUCACCUUGAAGGGAAUAUCGUCUGGAGGGAGUUCGUGGCCGAAAAGACCGCCAAGAAGUCUAAGACCAUCAAGAUCAGCAGUAGUGACUUGGUCUCGAAGAACCCUGACGCCGCUGUGGACGGUGUGUCACUGACGAAGUAUGAUCCUCUGAAUGCCUUCGCAAAGAGUGUGGAAGGGGUGAGGGUUGAGAAAAUCGUGCUGCUCGGAUUGACCAGCAAGCCAGUCGGCGUGAAGGUAGAAGGCGGUGAUGACCUUGUCUCCGAAUUCGUUUCUGGUGUUGCCGCGGAGGGUAAGAAGGAAGGUGAGGCCAGUGUGUUGAUCAUCAAAGAUCCGGGGGUGUUUGUCACGAAGGACUGGACCAUUGUCAUUCAACUGUAGAAUAUGAGACGAGGAGCUUCCAUCAAUCCGUGUAUCCCAAUCGCAUGGCAAGGGGUAGGCGAGAUCCAUAUCUCGUUCUACUCUACAGGUUGGACGGUUAAUUGGCUAUCCCUUAAUCGAUGCUGGCAAACGAGAGCCCACUGAGCCUACUGAAAUAUAGACAGAACACAAUCUUUG